AGGCCCAAAACGGUCUAAAUACAAAUGGCGGUACAUUUUAUUUUCUUGCAGUUCCCUUCCAUUUUCUGACCAACCAAACAGAAAAAAAGCUGAAGGCAUCCAUCAGCACGAAGGCGCAGACAUGGCGAUUUUGUUGUCUACAGCUACUCUCCCUUCGAACCCGAUUAAGCUGAGCCUUAAGUUAUGCUCAGACGGCAUCACAGAUGGACACCCAACAACGGCAGCAGCAGCAACAGUUCGUCUUGUUUACGGCCUGAGUAAGAAGGACGAAAAAAACAAAUACACCAAGAAACUUCCAUUCGUUUCAUUAUGUUUGAAGAAUGAAUCACUUGCCCAAACAACGCAGAAAAACAGUGGGAAAAUUCCAAGGAAAGGCCGCGAAAAAUUAGUUUCGAGCGAGGGGAAAGAGGAGGACGAGAGCUAUGGGCUUAUUUGUCCUGGUUGUGGUGUUUUUAUGCAAGAUAAGGACCCUGACCUGCCGGGAUAUUAUCAAAAAAGGAACGUUUCUGCGGCAAACAUCUCAGAGGAUGAAGGUGUUCAGAGUUUAUCGGAGGAUGAAUUUGGUGAAGAAGAGGAAGAAUUUUUGGAUGACAUUGAGGAUAGUUUUGAGGAAAGUGAUGGGGAAGAAGAGAAUUUGGAGAGGGGGGAUGGGGUUGACUGGGAUAUGGUGAAAAAGUGGGAAGCUGAGUUGGAAGAUGAGAUUGAAAAACAGGAGGAUUGGAAGAAAGAAUUAGAUGGUUUUGCUCCACCAAGUGUUGGGUAUGGGAACAUAACUGAAGAGACACUAGAGGCAGAGAAGAAGAGGAAGAUUUCAAAGGCUGAGAGGAAGAGACUGGCUAGGGAGGCUGAGAAAGAGAGAGAAGAUGUUACAGUUUGUGCCCGGUGCCAUUCGUUGAGAAAUAGUGGGCAAGUGAAGAACCCAACAGCCGAAAACUUAAUUCCUGAUUUUGAUUUUGAUCGGUUGAUCGCUAAUCGGUUGAUGAAACCUGCGGCAAAUGGUAAUGCUACUGUUGUAGUCAUGGUUGUAGAUUGUGUUGAUUUUGAUGGCUCAUUUCCCAAACGAGCGGCAAAAUCUUUGUUUGAGGCAUUGGAGGAAAGCAAAGACAGAGUAAAAACCAGUAAAAAAUUACCAAAGCUUGUUCUUGUGGCGACAAAGGUUGAUCUUCUUCCUUCUCAGGUAUCACCUACGAGGUUAGAUAGUUGGGUACGGCGCCGCGCCAAGGUUGGAGGGGCACCUAAGUUAAGUGGGGUUUAUUUGGUUAGUGCCCGUAAGGAUUUAGGCGUGAGGAAUUUGCUGUCCUUCAUCAAGGAAUUGGCUGGACCUCGAGGGAACGUAUGGGUUAUUGGGGCUCAAAAUGCUGGUAAGUCAACUCUAAUCAAUGCAUUUACAAAAAAAGAAGGGGCAAAACUUACAAAGCUCACAGAAGCUGCUGUUCCUGGAACAACACUUGGGAUUUUGAGAAUUGGAGGUAUCUUGUCUGCCAAAGCAAAAAUGUAUGACACACCAGGGCUUCUACACCCAUAUUUGAUGUCAAUGAGAUUGAAUAGGGAUGAACAAAAAAUGGUUGAGAUACGAAAAGAGCUGCAACCUCGAACUUACAGGAUGAAGGCAAGAUGGCAGGUUGUACAUGUUGGUGGCAUAAUGAGACUUGAUGUUAACCAAGCUUCCACUGAUACAAUUUACGUCACAAUUUGGGUAUCACCAAAUGUUUCUCUUCAUAUGGGGAAGAUAGAAAAUGCUGAUGAAAUGUGGAAAAAGCAUGCUGGUUUUAGAUUGCAGCCUCCAAUUGGUACAGAUCAAUCUAAAAUGGGCAAAUGGGUAGAGAAGGAGAUCAAAGUGUCUGGAAUCAGCUGGGAUGUGAACAGCAUAGACAUUGCAGCAGCUGGUUUGGGUUGGUUCUCUGUGGGUCUCAAAGGUGAAGCCACCUUGACUUUGUGGACAUAUGAUGGCAUUCAGAUAACUGUGCGAGAGCCUUUGGUUCUCGACCGUGCUCCCUUCCUCGAGCGACCAGGAUUUUGGCUGCCAAAGGCCAUUUCUGAUGCCAUUGGCAACCAAACUAAGCAGGAGGCUCAAGCAAGAAAGAGGCUUCAAGAAGAGAGCAGAGAAGAGCUUACGGAGGUGCCUGCUUGAAGAGACACACUUUUGGUCAGUAAAUUUUUAAUUUGUUCUUUUAUCAUGAUCACUACAAUGUUUGAUCUUAAGGUAUUCACUGCAAAUAUAAAACUAUUACAAUUCCAGACAGUUUUCUAAAUUGUAAUUUUAUUGUAGUAGUUGCAUUAGGUUUGCAUUGAUUGUAGCUAUUUAGUGGCUAAGCAAGAAAAUUUGCUCUUUGUAUUUUUUAUUUUUUUCCUAUAUAAUUCUUUUCAUCAA